AUGUCGCAUCCGUCGUCUCAACCACCUGACGGUGGCUCUCAACCCUAUUUGAACGACGGUUGCAUUCCAUCUGACCUGAGCCACGCGCUUAAUGCGCUUGCUGCCAGCAUUGCGGCGCAGAACGCACAAGCUGCGAUAAACGCACAACAGAGCCAGCUCUGGAACUGUGAAGUGAGGACCGAAGGUAUUUCAAUGCCUGUGUACAGCGGCCUACCAAACGAUAGCGUAGAAGAUUUUAUCUUUCGUGCCAAGUUGUUCAUGAAUGGCAAGAACUUGGAUUACUGUCAGCCUCAAACCAUCAGCGGAUCGUGGCCAUGA